UAAAUGGUAAGUUUAAGUAAAAAAUUGAGUCUGGCCCACGAAAAAUAACAUUUAUCUUUGACUUGUGAGUACCAAACUAUGUUGUUUGGAACCAAAUAAAACUGAAACCACGUUACCAAACUAUGUUGUUUGGUAUCGCAUGAGAAAAUACAACUACUUUUCUUGUAUCAAACUAUGUGGUUUGGUACUAAAUAAAAAUGCAGAAUAUUAGUAUACCAUUUCAAUGGUAUACCCAGUAUAGAUUAAGACUUCCUCGACUUGGGCAUGGGCGAAUGGCGAUAUUUACACUAUAAUAAACCCGGUCCAUGCUAUGGACUAGGGUAUUAUAGUCUUUGCGUAUGGUAUGUUGGGUAACCGCCACGUGUGGUUACUUUCCAAAUAUAUACGUAUUUUUUGAUUUUUUUUUUUCUUUUCCAAGCUUUUGAACUUCCCAUUCAACUUAUCUCUAAACUGCUCACUGAACUUCUCUCUCCAUUUCAAAUUUAAUUUCAGCAUUUGCGCCAUCAAUUUCCAUAAAAUAAUCAUCAAAUCUUCGUUUUUGUUGCAAUGGUGAAGAAAGCGGCAGCGAAGAAAGUGGUUGAAGCUCCCAAAAUCGAUAAUGUCGCCGUUUCGAAUUUAGAAACGGCAAUUGAAGGUCCGCGAACGCAAGGACAACGGCCAAAUCAAGUUUCUGAUGAAAUUCCAGUUGCCAAACAAUCAGUGACUAUUAAAAAGAAGAAAAAGACGGUCUCUCUUAAAACCAAAGAUAACGAGGUAGAACCAGAAAGAGAAGCUGUUGAAGGACCAGAACUUAGUCGACAAAUAGUUUUACAAAAUUCUAGUUUGAUUGACGUUCCAGUGCCUGAUGCUCAUCAACUCCAGGCUCAAGCUAUUAAAGAAGUAGGCGUUGAUGGCCUGCCGAUUAUGUUUACUUUUGUUACACAAUGUUCAGGAGGAACAUUGUGCAAAUUAAUUAAAGACUUCACACCUGAACAAAAGGCUGUUGUGGAAGAGAUAGGCUUUGGGGGAUUGUUAGAGCUGCAACUAAAUCGAAAAAAUACUCAAAUGAUGUACUGGUGCAUUAAGUGUUUUGAUGGAGUGAGUUCUUUGUUCACAGUCAGUGAUUCCAAGCAGUUUGAAAUCACUGAUUAUGAUGUGUAAGAUAUGUUUAUGCUCCCCCUUUCUAAGCUGGAGGUUGAAGGGGUUAAGCGUGGGCGGAAUUCUACUAAUCCUGACUUGGAGUUGAAAGUCAAGUGGCGAAAGGAGUUUGGUUUUGAAGAAGUAAAUGCUCAAAUUCCUGUGAGGUUGUUUGAGGAAAGAAUCAAGUUGUUGACAGAGGGUGGUGAUCUGUUUAAACAGUUGUUCGUUUUUGUUGCUUUUUCUACAUUUAUGACUCCUACAUCCAAUAGGAGUAUAGAUUUACGAUUGGCUAAAGCUUUGGAAGAUCCUAAAAUGAUUCCCAAAUAUAAUUGGUGUAAACACGUUCUUGACGUAUUGUGUGAGGAAACUGUGAAAUUUAAGAAUUCUUUAUUGAAAGGGAGCUUUUGGAGGUUGUGUUGUGUUUUUGCAACUUGCUUAUUUUCAACGGAUGAAGUUUAGGAAUUAUAGUAGUAUUCCUGAUGAAUUACCUCUUAUUAAACAUUGGACAUCGAAGAUGAUAACUGAUCGGAUUCAUGCUGAAAAUGCAAAUAUGAGUACAUUAUAUGGUUCUGGAAUUUUGGAGAAGGAGAAGUAUCCAAUUUCCAAAAAAAUUGUUUUUGUUGAUGGUCAAAUAGAUUUGACAAGAACAAAAUCAAUUUCCAAAGAAAGUCAACCUGGCAGCAGUGGGAGAGGAGGUGAAAAGCCCUCUGUUGGCCGUCGACUUCCCCAUCGGCGGGGUAAGAUUCUUCAGUUUGAGAUCCCUGAAUCUCAUCCUACUGAUGAAGAAAUUCUCUCCAAAGCC